GUGUUUAUAAAUGUAUUGAUUUGAUGACCGGGGUAUCUAAACAAAAAUAAAUAAAAAUAUUGAAGUUAUUUAAAAAUUAUUUUAAGCUUUUAAUUAAAAUGUUAGUUAGUAUUAUGAUAAAUAGAAUAAAAUUGGUAUUACUUUUCAUUUUGGGUUUGUUUAAACGGGCUAUGUGUUGCUUUUCAAGAAGAAGAAAAUCAUCAUGUUCCGAAAAUUUAGAAUCUGUCAACGUAAUCAUACAUACAAAUGCAGAUUAUUCCCCUAGUAAACAAAAUAAUCAGCCUGAACGGGAUUGGAAUUCAUGGGAUGACAGUCCAAGAACAAUCGAAGAACACAUCGAGCAAUAUAGACAAAAAUUAGUAAGACCAGCAACGCCAAAAGAUUUAGAACCUGAACCAGAUUUCUUUACUGAUAUGGCACCAGCUAUUAAACCACAGCCAGUUUAUUAUUUGGGUAACAGAUCUGAAGAGCACAAUUCCAAUUUUUCAAGAUUGGAGGCUAAACUUGAUAUUCCUGUAACCAUAGCAGCUGAUUUAGAAGAUUGGAAUGAAGAGAAUCCACAAGAUGGGGGUUGGGAAGAACUAGACACUGAAACUACAAAAAAAUUGAUUCGUGAAAAACGAAAAGAAAUGCGACAUCAAAGACAAACUAAACAAUCAAAAAAUUCAUUUAAUCAAAAUCAAAUAUUCGCUGAAAGGAUAAAAAAUAAUUAUUCAUAGUAUAUUCUUUAUGAAAAAUACUAAUAACUGCAAUAUUGAUACUAUUUUAUUUUACUUUAGUAACUAAAUUAAAAAGACAAAAAUAUAAGAAAUAUAAGAGUAUUCUAAUAUUCUGUAGUUAAAAGAGAAAAUAGUUUCAGCGAUUUUAUUUAAAUAAAUUAAUUAAAAUAUUUAACAUUGCUUAGCGAAAUUUUUUUCUAUUAUUUGACGAAAAAAGUGUUAUGUUGAAGAAAAUUAAGUUAAAAAAAAAAUUUUUGAAAAG